AUGGUUCAAUCAUCUGUUCUCGGUUUCCCCCGUAUGGGAGCCAACCGUGAGUUGAAGAAGGCUACCGAGUCCUACUGGGCCGGAAAAUCCUCCGUCGAGUCUCUCAUCGAGACUGGCAAGACCCUCCGAGCUGCCCACUGGAAGAUCCAGAAGGAUGCUGGUGUUGAUAUCAUCCCCAGCAAUGACUUCUCUUUCUACGAUCAGGUCCUUGACCACAUCCAGCUCUUCAAUGCUGUUCCUGAGAGAUACACCAAGUACAAUCUAUCCCCCCUAGAGACCUUCUUUGCCAUGGGCCGUGGUCUCCAGAGGAAGGCUACAGAUACCACUGAAGCCGUCGAUGUUACCAGCUUGGAAAUGGUCAAAUGGUUCGACAGCAACUACCACUAUGUCCGCCCAACUCUCCAGGAUAACCAGACCUUCAAGCUCUCUGGCACCAAGCCCAUUGAUGAGUUCAACGAGGCCAAGGAGCUCGGAAUUGUCACCCGUCCAGUCGUUCUCGGACCUGUCUCUUUCCUCCACCUCGGAAAGGCUGACCGUGGCCAGACUGUUAACCCAAUUGACUUGCUUGACAGCCUCCUCCCAGUCUACGAGGAGCUUCUUACCAAGCUCGCCGAGGCCGGUGCUGAGACCGUCCAGAUCGAUGAACCAGUCUUGGUUCUCGACCUCCCAGAGAAGACCAAGAAGGCCUUCGCCACCGCCUACUCCAAGCUCGGAGCUUUGGCUAACGGUCCCAAGCUGGUCUUGGCUACCUACUUCGGUGACAUCGUCCACAACAUCGACGUCGUCCCAUCGAUCAACCACCUCUACGGACUUCACAUCGAUCUCGUCCGUGCCCCUGGUCAGCUUAAGGAUGUCCUAGCUGCCGUUGGUGAGAAGCAGAUUCUCUCUGCCGGUGUCGUUGACGGACGUAAUAUCUGGAAGACCAACUUCAGCAAGGCCAUCGGCCUCGUUGAGACUGCCGUCGAGGCUCUCGGAGCUGACCGCGUCAUUGUCGCUACCAGCUCUUCCCUCCUCCACACCCCACACACUCUCGCUUCGGAGAAGAAGCUCGCCGCUGAUGUUGCCGACUGGUUCUCCUUCGCUUCUGAGAAGGCCAAGGAAGUUGCCAUCAUUGCUAAGGCUGUCACUGAGGGCUCUGAUGCUGUCGCUGAAGAGCUCAAGGCUAAUGCUGCCUCUGUUAAGGCCCGUGCUACCUCCGAGCGCACCAACGAUGCUGCCGUCAAGGACCGUCAAGCUGCCAUCACUGAGGCCGACUACAGCCGCAAGUCCCCAUUCCCAGAACGUAUUGCUGCUCAGUCCAAGACCUUGAACCUCCCCAAGUUCCCCACCACCACCAUUGGUUCCUUCCCACAGACCUCUGAGAUCCGUGUUCAACGAAACAAGUUCACCAAGGGAGAGAUCACCGCCGAACAGUACGAGAAGUUCAUCGAGAAGGAGAUCGAUGAUGUCAUCGCCAUCCAGGAGGAGAUCGGUCUCGAUGUCCUCGUCCACGGCGAGCCAGAGCGAAACGACAUGGUUCAAUACUUCGGUGAGCGCCUCAACGGCUACGUCUUCACCACCCACGCCUGGGUCCAGUCUUACGGAUCUCGUUGCGUCCGUCCACCAAUCAUCGUUGGUGACAUCUCUCGUCCAGCUCCUAUGACCGUCAAGGAGUCCAAGUACGCUCAGUCCAAGACCAAGAAGCCAAUGAAGGGUAUGUUGACUGGUCCAGUCACCUGUCUUCGAUGGUCCUUCCCACGUGACGACGUCCACCAGUCCGUUCAAGCCGAGCAGCUCGCUCUCGCUCUCCGUGACGAAGUCGUCGACCUCGAGAAGGCCGGCAUCUACGUCAUCCAGGUCGACGAGCCAGCCAUCCGUGAAGGUUUCCCUCUCCGUGACGGCAAGGAGCGUGACGAGUACCUCAAGUGGGCUGUCAACAGCUUCAAGCUCUCCACCGCCGGUGUCGAAGACGGUACCCAGAUCCACUCCCACUUCUGCUACUCCGACUUCCAGGACAUGUUCUCCCUCAUCUCCGACCUUGAUGCCGAUGUCUUGUCCAUCGAGAACUCCAAGUCCGAUGCCAAGCUCCUCAACGUCUUCAAGAAGGAGGAGUACCCACGUCACAUUGGACCCGGUGUCUACGACAUUCACUCCCCCCGUAUCCCAAGCUACGAGGAGAUCAAGAACAGAAUUGAGGAGAUGCUUGCCUACCUCAAGCCUGAGCAGCUCUGGAUCGACCCUGACUGCGGUUUGAAGACCAGACAGUGGACUGAGACUAAGCCUGCUCUCACCAACUUGGUCAAUGCUGCCAAGUUCUUCCGUGAGAAGUAUGCUUAA